AUGUUUAUUAAUUUUUAGAGAAAGGCACUGAAAAGUCUAAAAAAAGUUGAUAUUUUUUCAUAGCCUGUUUAACUGUUGAUAAAAUCGGAAGAAGGACAUAAAACUUUGUUUGGAGCCUGUCUAACAUUGGGGUUGAUAUCCUUUUUCCUUUACCUACUUGUUAUUAAUCUAUAUACCUUGGGGUAAAGAGAUAAUCCCACCUCACUAACAACAGAGGUUUACCACGCAUAACCAGAAUACUACAAAUUUAAUGAAUAAAAUUUCACUCUAACAUUUGCUAUUUAGUCACCCGAUUAUGCAACAUACAUAGAUGAAUCUGUCUAUGUUGUAGAAGCUCAAAUCACAACCAAGAAAACAAAGACUGUUGAUAGUCAGAAAAUCGAUGAAUGGACUUCACAAGAACUUCCUCUCACUUCCUGCACUCCAGAACUCAUUCGGUAAGUUGAAUUGUAAGAAUAUUUUUCUCAUUUAAAUUUACCCACUAAUUAUUGCAUCGAUUGGAAUAGAAUAAACGAGUUGAUUUUAGAAGGCACUUUUGAUUCUCAAUCCUAUAGUUUUAUUUAAUUAUAGUUUAAAAUGUGCAACAAAUAAACAAAAAAAACAAAGGAAUGUAAAUCAAGGGAUGAAAUUAAAUAACUGUUAGAAUAAAACUAUUUUUCUCUUUAAAUGUCCUCAUACGUUGUAGAUGUGAAAAAUGAAGAAGAACCUUUUAAACCUAAAGGUGAAGAUAUCUUCACUACUAUAUCGAGCAAAAUUUUUAAAGAAAUUUCUUUUUAUAUGUAGCCAAUAACAGUAUUUACAGAUCUCGGCCUUAUUACUGAGGAUAACGAAAUCCAUAAAACCUUAAGAUAUAAAAGACAUACAGAAAUGAUUGAUUUAAAUUAGAGUGAUUUAAUUAUGAAUGUUGUAAUACGUUUAGAUUAGAUUGAACAACAAUAUUAUAGAAGCUACACCAAAAUUCAAUUUAUCCUAAGCUAAAUGGGAGGGCUUUGGUAGGUCUUUUUUACAAUUGCCUUUUUAAUAUAGAAACCAAUAAAUAUGCUAUCUUAUUAUGUUAGAAUUUUGAAUUCGUUGUUUGAAUUCGAGCAAGAGAAGAAAAAAACAACUAUCACUUAAAGAGAAGAUGAUCGAAAUUAAGAAGCACCAUAAUAAGAACUUAUGACAAGAAAAUAACUACAGUCUACUAGAGAAGGAUUAUUUGUAGAAAAUAAAAAAAAAGCAUUUUAACGAUUGCAAUCUAUUAAAAUAAAGAAGAAACAGAUGGAAGUUAUAGAUUCUCUGGUUGUAGAUCCGCAAUCAAAAGAAGAAGCCAAAUUAGAAUUAACAAAAGCUAUAUCUUUUUCAAUUAAAAAAUAUUUUCAGAGUAUUUCAAAAAAGUUAAAAAUGAAAUGGACUGAUUAUCUGUAUUUCAUAAGCUGCUUUGUUAAUUCUAAAAAUUAUAAAAGUCUUCAAAUUGAAUACUCUGUCAAAAAAAUUAUUAAGCAAAUGGAUAUUUUAUAUAUAAUGAAGAAAUUGUAGGAAAUUGAUAAAUUGAAAAUGAUCUUACUAACAGAAUCUCAGAUUAAGGUUUUUGAUUAUCUUUAAAAACCUACAAUUCCAUUAGAUCCAAAUUCCAAAUAGUUUAGCAUAAAUUAACAUUAUUAUUCGAUUUUAAAACCUAUGAAAAGUGAUUUUUAGAGAGCAGUAGAUGCCUAGAAUGCUUUUAAAGAAAUUGUUGAAAAUUUAGAUAAUCCAAUUAAUGUGAAAUUAAUAAAUUCUAUAGAUAAAACAAUAGUUGAUUUAUUAAAAAUGAGAAAGAAUACUUUGGAUUUAAUAUCAAUAGACGAUGCCUGUAUUAGCGAAUAAGGAUAAGAUAGAAAUGCUGUGCUUGCAAUUGAUAUCAAAUAAAAGCAUUCUUCAUUAGCAAACUGCCAAUCUGAAGCAAAAUUUUGA